AUGGACAUGGGCACUGACGACUCGGACUCCACAGUAGAAGCUGAUGGCCCGAAGGUGGAGGCGUCUGGCACUGCUGUCAUCAUGGCUAAGGGAGAGGCCUGCAGGAGGGAGGUGAAUGAUAAUGAGUCUCAAUUGAAAAAGGGGACUCAGCUUUUAGAGUGGACGAUGCCAGACCUGUUGAAUGUCAUCCAAGAUCAAAGUAUAAACGCAGCGGAUAAUGAUGUCAAUCGGAAAGAAGCCUCCACGUCAAGGGACUCCACCCAGCCACCCUCUCCGACCGAGGCUCCAACUGGCAAUGAUGUCCAUCGUGUUGAUCCCACAGUUCCAGCAGCCCAAUCUUCAUACCAAGCUCCACUUACCCAAGGGAGCUUGAGUCUCUUGGAAGAGUUGAGCAUCUCCAGGCGAAGCCUAGGGGAAUCUUCGGGCCAAGGAUCUUCAAGUGAGGCGGCGAUGUCAAUGUCAUCAUAUGACCGAUUGUCCACAUACCUGACAAUGGCCGACAUGGACAAUAUCGUUGUCGCUGAAAAUGGCAUCUCCACAGAGCAUAGUCUCAAUGCCAGAGACCCCCCAUGGGCAGCCCAAGAGAAAGGGGAAAGAAUUAACAGCAUUGCCCUGGAGUUUUCUGGGAAGGGCUCCUGCUAUUCACGAAGCCAGAUUCGCAGUCAAGUCAUCUAUAACCUUGCUGCACCUAAAAAAACAUGUAAGCCCAUGCUACCUAAUGCAUGGGCACGUGCCAAGGCUCAGGCAAACCGCAAGCAGGCGCAAAAGCUGCCAGAUCUUCCAUACUCACAAGAAUAUCUCGAACUUCUUGAUGAUAUUAACGAGGACAGAAUCACAUACAAGGACGUUGAGAGCCAAAUGACAUCGAUGGAGGAACAUUAUGCAAGGAUCCUAUUGGAGGGCAUAACUAUCAAAAGGGAGAAUCAAAUGGUGAAGCAGAACGUUGUCUCACCCGAGUUGUCUGUGGGCUGUAUGACCUCCCAUGCCCAAAAUCAGCUAAUCCAAACUGCAGAGAGAAUUCAUGAUGCAUGUGGCGUCGAGGUGUUGGUCAUGAUGGUGAAAGGGAAUAAUGAAGAUAUUUUCGCACCUGUUUUGUGGGGAACACCUAAGGUGAUGGACUUUUGGUGUGGUGUAGCUAAGAUAAACAUGAUGGAGAAUGUGUGUCUCAUGGAGGGAUAUUGCAUUAGCGCCCUAAAAGGUGCUGUCACAGCAUAUCAGGCUCGGGCAGGAGAGUUGUGCCACAACGUGGCAGAGUGUACAAGGACAGGGCUCCAAUUAAGAUUGACGAAAGCAGGUGGAAUUACUGGGAAACCCCACCUGUCAAUGGAAUGGGUGCCAAAGAACUACCUAAAACUCACGAUCGAACAUAGGGUUGCGAUCGAUAUGAAGCACUAUCCAGGAGGAAAACUAAAGGAGCCAAAAAAUUCCAACGUUCAACACCUACAACAGGUUGUUGAGGGAUGGAAAACAAAUCAGAUUAAGUGGGUAAGACUUACUGAGGAAGAGCGCGAAGAUUGA